CGAGGGCCCUAAUUCCACAAAAGGCGUAUGCUCUACUCUCCUCGCAUCGCCCUCUCUCGCGGCUCCUCUCGCUUUCUCGGGAGUUUAAUACUACGAAGAAGCAUCUCCUCCGCAUCUCUCCUCCAUCUCCCCAAAACCCCCUCCUCCUUUUCCCCUUUGCGUUCCCCAAAAGCGCUUUUGAUCCGUUCGAGAGGCCCUUCUCUUCGCCCAGUUCGCUUCGCGUCCUCCAUGGCCAGCGCGUCCGCGACCUCGGUCCACGAUUUCACCGUCAAGGAUGCCAGAGGAAAUGAUGUGGACCUCAGCAUUUACAAGGGGAAGGUUCUGUUGAUUGUGAAUGUUGCAUCACAAUGUGGAUUGACCAAUUCGAACUAUACGGAGCUGAGUCAGUUGUAUGAGAAGUACAAGGAUCAGGGAUUUGAGAUUCUAGCAUUUCCGUGCAAUCAGUUCGGUGGACAAGAACCUGGAAGCAAUGAGGAGAUUGUCGAAUUUGCUUGCACUCGCUUUAAGGCUGAAUACCCAAUAUUCGACAAGGUUGAUGUGAAUGGGGACAAUACGGCCCCUCUAUACAAGUUUCUCAAGUCCAGCAAAGGCAGUCUCUUUGGAAACAGCAUAAAGUGGAACUUCUCCAAGUUCUUGGUGGACAAGGACGGCAACGUCGUUGACCGCUAUGCCCCAACCACCUCCCCACUGAGCAUUGAGAAAGACAUCAAGAAGCUGCUUGGAAUUUCGUAAGCACUCUCAACCAGGUGUUGCGGUCUGUCCAUUUGGCCUUAAUAUAUCUGCAAUAAGACUGUGUUGAGAAGUAUAAUUGUACACUCUUUUCUGUUUUGUCGAGAAUAAAUGUAGUGAUCGUGAUGUUUGUUUACUGUAUGCUUUGUUUGCUUUGCAAUCAGUUGUCAUGGUUGUGUAUUGGAUGUUAGUGUUUAAAAUGCAGAGUUCAUCUUUACCUAA